AGUGUGCGGUUCUUAUUCUCGGUUAAUUCGGUCAUAACCUGCGAUUAACGUUCAGAUUGGGGACAAACGCCUUGUGAGCAUAAUUAGAAGCUGUAAUUUUUGUUAUUUCUUCGCAGAGGUCAACAAAACAGGAUUAUAUCAUAUAUAUAUAUAUAUUUUUUAUCAUGGUUAGUGUUUGCAUACACCGGGUGUUUUUUGCAUUACUGAUUUAUACCAUGGUUGUCCUCGAGGCUCAGACAGAAUCCAGAGGUGGGCGAAAGGACGCGAAGCGCUCGCGACGGAGACACGGCCGGAUAAAAGACAAAAUUGCGUCUUCCCUGUUACAAAAUAUCACCAGCCAAAACAGUUCGCCCGAUCCCAUCAUGGCAGGUGUGGACGGUGGCUCGAGGUCGCCGAUUCGGGAAGAGGACUUCGAGAAGAGCAUCGAAGAGAUGGUUGCACAAGUGAAAAAUAACUCGGCACUGUCUAAGAACAAGUGCGUGGUGGACCGACAGCUAUGGAUGUCCAACACUCGAAGCCUUUCCCCCUGGUCUUACAGAAUCAACCACGACGAGAACCGCAUUCCAGUGGAUAUACCAGAAGCCAAAUGCUCUUGCGCCGGCUGCAUCAACCCUUUCACAAUGCAAGAAGACCGCACCAUGAGCAGCGUCCUGAUCUACACGAAGAUCCCGGUGCGCCGGCGACUGUGUGACCGGCUUUCCGCGAAGCACCGGAAGAAAAAGAAGUGCCUUUCGCAGUAUAAGACUGUUGUGGAAAGCAUCGCCGUAGGUUGCACUUGUAUAGUGUGACAGGAAAUGGAAUAACGCUAAACUAAACUUUACGAGUAACUGUGAGAGCCCAUUGUAUCGAUAUAAGCAAGUUUCAAAACUUAAAAUUUAAUAGUCGACAUGAUGCAUUACUACCGUUUGAUAUUCUGUGUUAUAUCUUUCAAAACCGAAACAGGAACAUUGCAAUACGAUAAUUUCAAAAAGAACUUAUAAGAAAUUCAAAAGGAACUGAGUGUUUAUUCAAGUUUUUAGUCUUUUCAAUACAUACGCUUCUAUCGGUUAUGACUCUGACUCUUUUUCAAAUUGUAACUUUUCAUUCAUUUUUAUUAAAAUUUAUUAUGGCA